AUGGCUAAUGCUAAUCCCCCGGACGGAGGAGGGUCCGUUCGUCACAGAGUUGCACUUCCCCCGAAGGAGGGUUUAGUAAAGGAUUUCAAAUCAUGGGGUCAAGAAAUGUUCUUCCACGAUGCACCUCUUAGGGAUUUCAAGGACCAAACCGCAUCUCAGAAGGUGUUGCUCGGGAUCCAGGCUGUUUUCCCGAUCGUUGGCUGGGCCAGAGAGUACAAUCUUCGUAAACUUAGAGGCGAUGUCAUUUCUGGUCUCACCAUUGCUAGUCUUUGCAUCCCUCAGGAUAUCGGAUAUGCAAAGCUCGCGAAUUUGGAUCCAAAAUACGGACUUUACUCGAGUUUCGCGCCACCAUUGGUGUACGCAGGUAUGGGGAGUUCUAGAGAUAUUGCGAUAGGACCAGUGGCUGUGGUGUCUCUUCUUUUGGGAACUUUGUGCCGGGCCGUGAUCGAUCCUGUUGACGAGCCAGAGGAUUAUCUCCGCCUUGCCUUCACCGCUACUUUCUUUUCCGGCAUUUUCCAAGUCGCACUCGGUUUUCUCCGGUUGGGAUUCUUGAUAGACUUUCUGUCUCAUGCCGCGGUGGUUGGGUUCAUGGGAGGAGCAGCCAUCACAAUUUCUCUCCAACAGCUUAAGGGCUUUCUUGGCAUCAAAGACUUCACCAAGAAAACUGAUAUUGUUUCUGUCAUGGAAUCUGUAUUCAAGGCGGCUCGUCACGGGUGGAAUUGGCAGACUAUAGUCAUUGGCGCCAGUUUCUUGACAUUCAUUCUCGUCGCCAAAUUCAUUGGGAAAAAGAACAGGAAACUCUUCUGGGUUCCGGCAAUUGCUCCUCUUAUAUCCGUCAUUAUCUCUACCUUCUUUGUCUUCAUAACUCGGGCAGACAAACAAGGAGUCCAAAUUGUGAAGCACAUCGAUCAAGGAAUCAAUCCAAUUUCUGCUAGUAAGAUUUUCUUCUCCGGAAAAUAUUUGACGGAAGGAAUCCGCAUUGGAGGUAUUGCUGGCAUGGUCGCCCUAACGGAAGCCGUAGCAAUUGCAAGAACAUUUGCCGCAAUGAAGGACUAUCAGAUCGAUGGCAACAAAGAGAUGAUCGCAUUGGGGACUAUGAACGUCGUCGGUUCACUAACUUCCUGUUACAUUGCCACCGGUUCAUUUUCGCGAUCUGCGGUGAACUACAUGGCGGGGUGCCAGACCGCUGUUUCAAACAUAGUGAUGUCCAUAGUUGUAGCUAUGACAUUAUUGUUCAUCACACCGCUCUUCAAAUACACCCCAAACGCCAUCCUUGCGGCCAUUAUUAUAUCUGCGGUCCUCGGUCUUAUCGACAUUGAUGCAGCCGUUCUCAUUUGGAAGAUUGAUAAACUCGAUUUCUUGGCUUGCAUGGGAGCUUUCUUUGGAGUCGUCUUCAUCUCCGUUGAGAUCGGUCUCUUGAUCGCCGUGGCGAUAUCGUUUGCUAAGAUACUGUUACAAGUGACAAGACCAAGAACCACUAUUCUAGGGAAGCUUCCGGGGACUGAUGUGUACCGGAACAUUUAUCAGUAUCCAGAGGCUACCAAAAUUCCCGGAAUCUUGAUCAUCCGUGUUGACUCCGCCAUCUACUUUUCCAACUCCAACUACAUCCGAGAAAGGUCAUUAAGAUGGUUGCGAGAAGAGGAAGAAGAUGCUAAAGAAGCGGGCAUGCCGGCGAUCAAGUUUGUGAUUAUUGAGAUGUCUCCGGUCAUCGAUAUCGAUACCAGUGGUAUCCACUCCAUCGAAGAACUUCACAAGAGUCUAGAGAAGAAAGAUAUCCAGUUGAUUCUAGCAAAUCCGGGACCAGCAGUGACUGAGAAGUUUCAUGCAUCCAAGUUUGCUGAAGAGAUUGGAGAGAAAAAUAUCUACCUCACUGUUGCCCAAGCGGUCGCAGAUUGUUCUCCUAAAUUGGCUGAGCAACAAGCUUAA